AUGCUCGAUGACUUCAAUGUUCACAGGAAAGUCCGAGAAGUAACAAGGAAAGGCCACAAAAACAACUGUAAACCUUUGGUCAACGAAGCAGGAGAAAUCAUCAUUGACGCGGAGAAAAAGAAGGAGGCCUGGAGAACACAUCUAGAGAAUCUAUUCCAUGAUGUACGCAAAGAACAAAAACCAACUGUAGGAGAGGGACCGGAAAUUCUUGUUGACGAGGAAAAUCCUUCCGUUAUAAUGGAAAAUAAUGGCAGGUAUGUCAUUGCAGAACGAAGCGAAAUGGAGCAAUACAUGAUCGGCCUUUCUGAUAGGCCCUUUAGGCCAGCUUGGCGCCAAAUGACCGAAGAAAAUUUAGUCGCAUUUAUACAUGGACGACGGGUUUCAAAUCGCCAACAGUAUAGAGAAGAAAUAGUUGCCUUUCUUGGCAAUAUUACGGAGUCUGGAGGAGCUGCAAAUAACAAUGGUUUGCUGAAUCCUCCAGAGGUGGAAGAACGAACAAGAAGAUCCAAUAUUGAGGAAUAA